AUGUUAUUAACAAGUGUGACGAUCGUCCGAGGUGACGAUAAUAUCGAUAGUGAUGAAGUGAAACCUCCACCUCUUAUAACACCGCCACCACCAAAUCCAAUUACCAAAGAAGUGACUAAAGGAGAGAAAGGCGAGAAAGGGGAAAAGGGCGAGAGCAUAAGAGGUCCACCGGGUCCACCAGGCUCAGGCUAUGAUCUCAAUGAUGAGGAGUGGGCAUCGAAAUUACCCUUGGGUCCGCCUGGCCCCAAAGGAGAUCCUGGUGAUUGCACCUGUGAUCCAAAGUCGUUGCUGUCAUCCCUUACGAUGUCAAAAUUGGUUCAGGGUGAAAAAGGCGAGUCUGGAGAACCGGGAAAAGAGGGAAAACAAGGACCGCUUGGAUUGACGGGAGUAGCGGGACCGCCAGGUGAACGCGGACAACAGGGUCAGCCGGGCCCGAAGGGCGACAAGGGUGAGCUUGGGAUGAUCGGACCAGAAGGGACCCAAGGCCAGAAGGGCGAGCCUGGAAGGGACGGAGUCGCGGGUGAGAAGGGCGCCCAAGGGCCGCCCGGACCACCUGGGAAGGGAGAGUUUGCCGGCUACGACCCCAGCUGGAAGCCUCGAGCGAUCUACAGGACUGAAGGUUAUACAAUGAGACCAGGACUUCCGGGACAGAAAGGAGAUGAUGGAAAACAGGGUCACCCUGGUCCUAAAGGUGAAGCGGGAGUGCACGGCGCGAAAGGUACAAAGGGCGACAUGGGCCACAGGGGCAUGAAGGGCGACCACGGGAAGGAAGGGCCACGUGGUCAUCAGGGCUCGAAAGGCGAACCUGGGGCACCUGGAGUUCCGGGACUCCCCGGAGCCGUCGGUAAUGUCGGGCGCACUGGCGAUAAGGGCGCUAAGGGAGAUACGGGCCCCGAGGGCAAGACUGGACCUGCCGGACCUCCUGGUUCGCCAGGAGUCGGUGGUAUCAAUGUUGGCGAUAAUGGUUCUGGAAUAAAAGGCGCAAAGGGUGAACACGGCGAACGUGGAUAUAAGGGCGAAGUUGGCUUGAAAGGCGAGAAAGGCGAUAAAGGUAAUGGGGGACCGGCCGGUGUUCCUGGUGUAAAUGGCGUUCAAGGACCGCAAGGAGAUAAAGGCGAGCCUGGCAAGGAUGGUAUUUCGGGCUUUCCGGGCAUACCUGGUGCGAAGGGCGAACGCGGUGAACGCGGACCUCCUGGUAUGACGGCGAUCGCCGGCUCCGGCGAGUACGUCGCUAUCAAGGGCGAAAAGGGUGCGGAAGGAAAACGUGGACGAAGGGGCAAAACUGGACCAACGGGACCCGCAGGUCCGCCUGGAAAACCAGGAAUUAAUGGCGAUAUCGGUCUUCCUGGAUACAUGAAUGCUAUUAAGGGUCGACCUGGCACGCCAGGAAUCCCUGGAAGUGUCGGUGCAAAAGGAGAAAAGGGAGAACCUGGUGCUAUGAAUCCUUAUGGAUCCGCGCAUGGCACAAAAGGAGAGAAAGGUGACGAUGGUUUUCCUGGCAUUCGACCACCCGGACCACCAGGACCGCCUGGACCACCUGGACCACCGGGACCUAGUAUUGGCAAGAUUCACAAAUACAGUGAACGUGAUUAUUAUGGUUCGAGGAAAGGACUGCGAAGCAACUUAGAUGAAUUGAAAGCUCUCCGCGAACUCAAGGAAUUGAAGGAACUUAAGGAGCAUCUGGGUGUUAAUGCUGCAGUGACAAGGGGGCCUUUGGAAACUACAACGAAAAUUGUUCCAGGAGCAGUUACAUUCCAGAAUACUGAAGCAAUGACAAAGAUGUCCGCUGUAAGUCCAGUAGGAACUCUAGCUUAUAUUAUAGAUGAGCAGGCAUUAUUAGUUAGAGUUAAUAAUGGUUGGCAAUAUAUUCCGCUCGGGACUUUGUUGCCUAUAACAACUCCAGCGCCACCCACCACUGCAUCACCACCACUUAAUCCUCCAUUUGAAGCUUCUAAUUUGAUCAACCAGAUUCCCAUGAAGGCAGAGAGCACGAGCUGGUAUCCAAAAAUGCUCCGGAUGGCGGCAUUGAACGAGCCCUUCACCGGCGAUAUGCACGGGGUGCGGGGGGCAGACUACGCCUGCUAUCGGCAAGCGAAGCGAGCCGGGCUAAGAAGCACAUUCCGCGCCUUCCUCAGCUCGCGCGUUCAGAAUGUCGAUAGUAUCGUGAGGCUCGGGGAUAGGGAUUUGCCUAUCGUCAAUAUUAAGGGUGAUGUACUUUUUAACUCAUGGAAGGAGAUGUUCAAUGGAAACGGGGCUUAUUUUUCUCAAAAUCCUCGAAUCUACAGUUUCAAUGGAAAAAAUAUACUCACAGACUAUACAUGGUCAAACAAAGUCGUGUGGCACGGCUCACACGCAUUGGGCGAGAGGGCGAUGGACACAUACUGCGACGCCUGGCACUCGGACAGCUCCGAUCGCUACGGCCUCGGCUCGCCCUUACUAGGGGGUCGUCUCCUGGAGCAGACGCGCUACUCCUGCGACAAUAAAUUUGCUCUACUGUGCAUUGAGGUGACGAGCGAGCUCACAAAGAGACGCCGACGACGCUCCCUCAGUGUCAAAGAUGGGGACGAUGCUCGUGGCAUCGAGAGCGUGGAUAACGUGGAGAACGAGGACCGAAUCAACGUGGAGGGGAUCGACGAGCAGGACGAGGAGAGCGCGAACUACAACAACAUCGAGGACGACGUGGACGACGUGGACGACGACGACGAGGACGACGAGGAUAACGAGAACCAGCGUAUAUUUACGGAGGCCGAGUACGCUGAGCAGCUGCGACAACUCUUUCAAGAAUGA